AUGCAGCUCGUCACGUUCAAGCAGGCGCGGUCGUCGCAGCACCGGUGCCACCGGCGGGCCAUCGUGUCCUGGCGCAUCUGGGACUGCAGCGGCCAGGGCCGCUACCGGUCGCUCUGGAUGUCCUACUGCUCCCAGGUCCAGGCGGUCAUCUUCGUCGUCGACGUCACCGACGUCGACCGCGUCGCGAUCGCGCGCCGCGAGCUCCACACGCUCUACGCGCACCCGGCGCUCAAGGCGCUGCCCCUGCUCAUCCUCGCCAACAAGUGCGACGGGUCGACGGCGACGCCCCUGAAGCCGCCGGAGGGCGGCGCGAAGGCGCCCCUGAACGCGGAGGCCGUCAAGGCCGCGCUGAACCUCGAGACGCUCCAGCUCCACCUCCGCCUCGACCUCAAGGUCAUCGAGACGUCCGCCGAGAGCGGCAAGGGCGUCGAGACCGCCUUCCAGUGGGUCACGGAUAAGGUCCGGUGGUGA